AUGAUUCAGGUGGCGAGCAGGAGGAUCAAUGGAACGAUUAGAAGAUGCCGUAUUCAUGAUCUUCUACGAGACCUCUCAAUAUCAGAAGGGAAGGAGGAGAGAUUUCUGGAAGUGCAUGGGAACAUGGCGCCUGAAUUACCUACCAAGGCACGCCGACUUGCAAUUACUUCUGGUGACAUCAGUAAGUCCAUCUCUCUUAACUGCUCCAUUCUACAACUCCGCUCUUUGUUGCGCUUCAGUUAUGAGGUUCAAAUGCUGGAGAAACCGCAGUUGACAAUCAUCUGUAGAGCUUUCAAAUUGCUGAGGGUGAUGUAUCUCCGACGCGUACAACUCUCUAGUCUCCCUGAUGAAAUAGGGUAUCUAAUCCACUUGAGGUACCUAUGUCUCAGGGGGAGAAGGUUGGAAAGGCUACCAUCUACCAUAACUCGCCUCUCCAAUUUACAGACUCUCUAUCUACUAGCUACAAAUAUUCUCAUCCUACCAGAUGAUAUUUGUAAGAUGGAACAGUUAAGGCACCUACACCUAAUAACUGAAGGAGGACCUCCCUGUCAAAUCAGAAACGUCAUGCAUAUCCAUCGUUUAAGCAAUCUCCAGACUCUAAAUUUAGUAGAGGGGGGUAGCUGGAUAGAAGAUGGGUUGGAGAAACUAACCAAUUUGAGAGAUUUGGGAAUAAAGGGAGAUCUCAAAAUGGCAUUGUCCCAUUCCAUUCAUAAACUGGCAAGCCUCAGAUCAUUGCGGCUAGAGGCAAGUCCUAAUUGCUCGAUUCCAGCGUUUCCAUCCUUCUCAAAUCAUCACCAUCUAUUUCACAUGACUUUGGACGGACCCUUUGGGAGAUUACCGGACGUGCAUGAGUUCCCACCUAACCUCACAGAGCUAUACCUGAAUGGGUCCCAAUUAGAGCGAGACUUGAUUGGAACGCUGGAGAUGCUGCCGAACCUUCGGAUACUCUAUUUAUCCUGGAAAUCUUACAUAGGAAAGGAAAUGGUUUGCUCCGUUGGAGGGUUUCCACUGCUCGACGAUUUGAGUAUCUAUGGAUUGGAUGACUUAGAGGAAUGGAGAGUGGAGGAAGGUGCGAUGCCGAAGCUUAGAUGUUUAAUUAUUCAUGAUUGCGAAAGAUUGAAGAUGCUUCCCGAAGGAUUGCGACAUAUCAGCACCCUACGAGAUUUGAAGUUAGAAGAGAUGCCAGAAGAAUUCAUAGAAAGGGUACGAAAAGACGAUGGAGAAGACUGGUUUAAGAUCCGACACAUACCGUCAGUCAACAUCGACCCAUACUGA